AUGGCACAUCCGGAGGACGCUUGGCUCAGCAAACGCUCAGCAAAUUCCGCUCUCGACUUGAAUUCACUAUCAUUCCCGGACGAAUACGAUGAUGGCGACGACUUGCCUGAUCCUCCUGGCUCCUCUGGCGCGCCCGCUACUUCAUCUAGCUAUUCAGACAGAGUCGUUAGGAGAAGGAGCAGCAAAGCUUGUGAUCAAUGCCGCAAAAGCAAAUGCAAGUGCGAGCGCGCAGGAGAUGGCGAGGCUUGUAAAAGCUGCAUCAUGCUGGGAACGCCGUGUACAUUCCUCGGCCCUUCACGCAAGCGCGGCCCCCCUAAGGGAUACAUUGACGCCAUCGAAGCUCGGCUGCACCAAACUGAGGCCCUACUUGGUGUUCUCCUCGCUGUUGAGGCAGAGCAUAGCGAAAGUAUUUUUCGUAGACUCCAUGACACUCUUGCUCGUGAGAUCCUCAAUCGUGUCGAUACCUCCUCCUAUGGUGUCAAAGGACGAAAAGGUGGUAGUGUUAAAUCACGCCCAAAUAAUACCACCCCAACGGAGGGCAGUGGCAUUGACUUACAGUCCACACACCCUUCAAAUGAAUGGCAGGAUCGCGUUGUAUCUCUCCUUUCAUCAUCUCUAUCAUUCUCCCACCCGUCUUCAUCACAACCUCGCUCGCCUACAUCUGGUGCUAACAACCCGCGCACGAUCCAACUUUCGCAAUCUAGAACUUCGCCAUCUCUUACAUUCGACGAUAAUGGACGACGUCAACGCCGGCGACUUGGUUCUUCAUCAUCUCCGGAUCCCUCCGACCACUCACAAACACAAGCACCUGCCAGUACGGAUUCUGAGGACGAAGACGACGUCGCGGAUGCUGUGGGCCAGCUCUCCUUGAACGAGGACGAACAAGUCCGGUAUCACGGAAAGGCAAGUGGUCUUUACCUGCUGGGGUAUAAUGCGAAGGAGGAAGCUCGGAAUGAAGGGGGAAUAUGGCGCUUCCCCAAGGCCCGUGUCUGGCCACCACUCCCUCCAUCUGACACAAAUACCCCUCUGAUGGGUUUAUCUGUCAUGGACAAAGAUCUGUGUAGCGUCAUGCCUGAUCUAGCUGUUCAGGAGCAUUUAUUGGAGAUAUAUUUUACUUAUGUACAUUCGGCGUUCCCGGUCCUGCACAAGGAGGCUUUCUGGGAGGGUUACAAAGUGCAUCCGAAUCCAUCUGCUGCUGAUACGCCGUCGCCUGCGUCCGAUGGUCAGGGUUCGAAAUCUCCGUCGCCUUUCCACCGUCCCCGUCGCAUUAUUUCUCCGCUUUUACUCCUCAGCAUGUUUUCCAUUGCUGAACGCUAUUCACCAUCUUCCUCCCUCCCACCGUCCUCUCCUCCCCCCUCAUCAGCAUCAUCGGUUCGGGAGCCAACCCCGAUGUGGACUGCAGGUGAUAAGUACUUUAACGUCGCUAAGAAACUUCUCGACAACACUUAUGCAUCCUCGAUGCCAAGUACCGUGCAAGCUCUUCUAUUACUCGGGUACCGCGAAAUUGGCAUUGGUGCCAUGGCACAAGCCUGGGUGUACACGGGCAUGGCAGUACGUAUGGCGCAGGAUCUCGGUAUGCACCGGGCAGCGGACGGCUGGGCCCGUGCGGAAGUCGGACGUUUGUUCGGCCCCCGGGAGCUACAGGAACGGCGGCGGAUAUGGUGGGGAUGUGUUGUGCUCGAUGGGUAUGUGAGCACGUAUAUCGGAAGGCCGCUUGCAAUCUUCGAGCGAGAUUACGAUACACUCUUACCGGGCGAGGAUGAGGCGGAGGAGAUGGAGUUGUGGAUUCCUCAUGAGUCGCUGCCGCCUGAUUCCCGCGGACAUGGGUAUCCACCUAGUGCAGAGAUAAGGUGUUCAAUAACUGGUCGCAUUCUAUCUAGCUUUAAUGCUUCUGCAAAUCUCUCAACUAUUCUUUCCAAGCUCGUACAGUCGUUGUAUGCGAUUCAUCCCGUGAAUUCUCGGCACGCUGAGGUGGCACAACUUGAGGAGCUGCUGAAUAAGUGGUACCUCGAUUUGCCAGAGCAUCUACAAUUGAAGCAGGGCGUGACUGUUCCGCCCCAUAUCUUGACAUUACACAUGCAGUAUUGGUGUACGACAUUGUUGUUACAUCGCCCCUUGAAAUCGGAUAAUGUUGAUGAUGCCGAAGCGUGUGCGACGAGCAAAAAACAUUAUGAGCUGUGCGUGGGUGCUGCGAACCACAUCUCAUCUAUCGUUUCAUCUUAUCGGGAAAAGUACUGUCUGCAACGCGCACCUGUUUUUCUCUGCUUCUAUGUUUUUACGGCGGGUAUUAUGCAUGUCACGAGCUCGUCCAUCUUCCCGAAUGACCCUCAAUCACGGAUAGGUCUAUUCAGGUGCAUGGAUGCACUGCAAGACAUGGAAGUCGUCUGGCCCUCCGCAGCACGUGCCAAUGAGCUUCUUCGGGGUUCAAACGUCAUGGCUAAUCCCUCGAACUCUAGCCAAGCAUGCCUUUCAUUUACUUCUCGGGAUCGCCAGAAGCGGACAGCUGAGCAUUCAAUAGACUCAGAGGAUGCAUACGAGCGUUCGCACAUACAGGCUCUACCCUCGAGCAGCUCGUCUAACGUACCAGGAUCAGGACAAGGGUACGCCAACACCUGGCGAUCGACUCAGUUUAGCGGAACGUCACAUGAUGUCGGUCACUCUCAGGAGUCUGGUGCGGGGCGACAUGCUGACUUUGCCGGGGCACCUAUCUCAACUUCGCAGUCAUCGUACUAUCCGUGGACCUCUGAUGGAUCUUCAUACCUCUCAUUCCCGAACACAUUAUCUACGUCUGUGCUUCCGCAGAUGUAUAGCACAGGCUUGGUUGACAGCCGUCGGGCGGGGAACUCGCAGUCCUCGGCUUCGCAUCAAGGACAAGCGCGUGAUCAACCUGGGAUGGGGCGGUAUCCGCAAUUUUGGAAUGACUAUACGUCGUUCCCACAGAUGGGGAUGGCUUAUAGCCAGUCUCAUCCACAGCAGCAGCAGCAGCAGCCACCGCCACAGGAUCCGAUGUAUAUGAGUACUCAGUAUGGCGGUAUUUACAGUGAGUGUUUUGCGUCACGAGGAAGGAGCAAUAUCCUGACACCCUACACAGAUAAUCCUACGUCUUAA